AUGGCGUCCCAGUAUUCCUCCUCGUGGCAGGAGGUGAUCGACAAAAACCAAAUUCCACUCUCGAGGAACUUUCUCGUGGGCCUUCAUUUGACACAUUUAUUCAGCACUCGGUUUGCUCCGAAUGUCACACAUUAUACACAGAAGUUCUUCCAUCUACAAUACUUCAUCGAAAGAGAGGGCUCGCAGAAUAUAUACGACAUCGGCCUCGACGAUGGCUACUACGUGGUGACCUGGGUGGUGUUACUUACCUUCUUCAGAUCUGUUCUUAUGCAAUGGGCCUUCACUCCCUUCGCUAAGCACGUCUGUGAUAUCCAUUCUAAGAAGGCCAAGAUGCGGUUUGCCGAACAGAGUUGGACUGUCACCUAUUACUGCUUCUCGUUUGCAUUUGGCUUAUACAUCUACCGCCAUUCCCCCCACUGGCACAGCCUUGAUAACCUAUACAUAGGCUGGCCACACUAUCGUAUGCCAUCAUUAUUCAAAAAGUACUACCUUGUGUCCAUUGCCUUUUGGUUGCAGCAGAUCGUUGUUCUCAACAUCGAAAAGAAGCGGAAAGACCAUUUCCAAAUGUUCAGCCACCACAUCAUCACCGUCGCAUUGGUCUUGGGCUCUUACUAUUAUUACUAUAACAGAAUUGGUAACAUGAUCUUGAUGAUCAUGGAUUCUGUCGACAUUUUCUUGUCGACUGCUAAAGUUUUGAAAUACUCCGGAUGGCAGCGCACCUGCGACGCGAUGUUCGUUCUUUUCCUCGUUUCUUGGGUUGUGUUACGCCAUGGUGUUUAUAACUACCUUUACUACCAUGCAUGGGUGAAGGCUAGAGAUUUGAUGUUCGACAGUCAGUGCAUCCCUGGUCUUGACCAAAAGAGGUGUUGGACUACGACCGUCGUAAAUGUUUUCUUGGCACUUCUUGGUGGUUUGCAGAUCAUUACUUGCCUCUGGAUGUUGGCAAUCUUGAAGGUUUUAAACAAAGUCAUACACGGCGAUAGCGCAGAUGAUGUCAGAAGUGAUGAGGAUGAUUCCGAUGUAGAGGUGGAGGAGGAAGAGGCUGAUCAGGUCGUGACAGAAACACCAGAAACGACCGACGAAGACGUCUCUGAGAAAGUGGCACAGGACAUAAAAAUCUCCAUCCAGAAUUAA